UAGAUUGCUGACAUGAGAGCGAAAGGGAAUCGGAAUUGUGCAGUUCUUUUGUUCCUACUAGGCUGGGUGUUUCUUUUACAUUGUCUGUCAAUUUUUUUGUUUACUAAAGGCUUCCUUCUCAGACGAACUGUCGUUUUCAAUUCGAGUCGUUGCUCUGAUGAGUGGGUCGCGAUCGACGUGACGGACGCCAGGAUUACCAACAGCGCUAGUAACAGAACUCGUUGCUGGAUGGAAAGAAGAUAUAAUAAACUUGUUAUUAUUGUCAUCGACGCACUGAGAGUGGACUUUGGUCUGUUCGAUCCUCUGCUGUCAAUUUCAGAUACACCUCAUUAUAGGAACAAACUACCGAUCAUUCACGAGCUCUUGGUGUCUCCUCCUGAAAAGAAUGAUGCUCAUAUAUUUCGCUUUAUUGCUGAUCCGCCAACUACGACUAUGCAGCGUAUAAAAGGUCUAACAACUGGCUCAUUGCCGACUUUCAUUGACGCUGGAGACAACUUUGCCAGCAACGCUCUAGCUGAAGAUAACUGGGUCACAUCAGCCCGAGAUAAUGGAUUUGGCUUAGUAAUGCUGGGAGAUGACACGUGGCUCAGCUUAUAUCCACAUCAUUUCACUAGAGAGUUUGGAUAUAAUCCAUUUGAUGUGAAGGAUUUGCACACUGUGGAUAAUGGCAUAUUGAAAAAUCUCUUCUCAGAAUUGAAGAAGCCUGAUUGGAGCAUUCUAGUGGCUCACUUUGAAGGAGUUGAUCACGUUGGCCACAGAUUUGGUCCAAAUCAUCCAGAAAUGGCAGCAAAGCUUUCUCAAAUGGAUAAUGUUAUUAGAAAUGUUGUUGACACAUUGGAUAACUCAACGUUACUGGUUGUCAUGGGAGAUCAUGGCAUGACACCAUCUGGCGACCAUGGUGGAGAAAGUGUACAAGAAACCAAUGCUUUGUUGUUUAUGUAUUCCAAGCAGCAAAGAUUGUAUCCUGAAUCUAUGGGAUUGAGAUCUGUUAGUCAGACUGACCUAGUUCCUACUGUCUCUCUGCUACUUGGCCUACCUAUUCCGUUUUCCAAUCUUGGUCAUGUUAUUCCAGAACUCUUCUUCUAUGGUAAAAAUCCAAAUCAUACCCUAUUAAGAGCCAUGCAUUUAAAUGCUUGUCAGCUGAGUCAGUAUUUGGAUACAUACAACAAGGUAUCGGGGGAUCUACCAUCACAAGAAUUCUAUCAAUUGGACAUCGAGUUUCAUCUGAUCAAGAAAGAUUUUUGGUUGUUUAUGUCCAACACAGGCUCUGUAGAUUUUGAGCAACUGCAAACUUUGUAUUUAAAGUAUUUUCAGCAAGUGCAGGCAAUGUGUAGAUCAGUUUGGGCAAAGUUUGAUUUGGUUUUAAUGUGGCUUGGCAUCUUUAUGCUCGUGAUCUCAUUGCUUCCUGUGCUUGUUUUGGUGUUUCAAGUUCGCUCUAAUUCAACCAUUCAAUUACAAUACUACAACAGAAUCUGGAUAUACAUAAUGUGUGGGGCAGUAUUUGGAUCGAUUUUUGGCAUUCCUCUCCACUAUCUUGCAUCGUCAAAAUCGUCUGAUAGUCUUUUGAUGUUUUGCUGUUUUGGCUCAUCUCUUGGCUCAGUGAUUGCAUAUCUCUGGUUUGAAUGCAGGUCUGUGCUCAUGAAAUUUGCUGCAUCGAGUGACAGGAAGCUAUUACGAGAUCAGUUUCCUGACAUUGAUGACUUAUUUGCAACUGUUAUUGUGUUUAUUCAGUGCUUUGGCUUGCUAUCAAACAGCUAUGUGUUGUAUGAGGACAGCUGCAUUAGUUUCUUUCUAGUUUCUCUUUAUGUUGUGUGUUUAGUUGCUAAAGCAUCACAAUUGGCAAAGUUUCAAAGUGUAGGAAGCAAUGCAAAUAUUGGAAGAAAAUCUUUGUACUUUCAUAGUGCCAGUGUGUUCAGUUUGGCCAUUGUAAUAGCAGCAAUUUGCUCUCAGACAGCAACGCACUUUCAGGGUUGUGUUGAGCUGAAAAUUGGAUGCAAACCUUCGUCAUUUUUAUUGUCAUUAUCAGCAGCUGAACAUCUUAUUGGUUCUAUGAAAACUGCUCGAUAUGCCAUUUCAUGCAUUUGUGUAGCUCUGGUUCCUGCUACAGUAUGGUUUCUACUUAAGAGACAAGGACAGCUUGAGAAUUUUAGCCCCUUUCACUUGAGUGCGUCUUGCGGUCUUCCUGCAAUUGUUGUAUGCAUUUGGAUUUAUUGGGCAUUAAUGGCUCUUCCAGCAGAAUCAUUAGAUCAGCUUCCGGACUGGCAACAUGUAAUAAUGCCACGAAUUGUAUAUGUGAUUGCUAUUGUCAUUGUUGUUGUUGUGCUAUUACGACCAGUAGCCGCAAAAGCACGUAUUUGUGGAUUUCUUCCUCACCUUCGACCACAAAGCAAGUCUACAGUUAUGGAACUGAGUGGUUGGGAAAGUCUCUAUGUAUCACCAGCUCUAUUGCUGUGGGUGACGGUCUGGUUGAUCCUGACUCUUCUUCAAGGUGAUGGACUUGCUCCAGCCAUGCUGCUCUUUGCAUUGCAAGUUAUGUUCACUAUUGUUUUUGUUGUGAUCUUUGCAAGUCUUGGGAGGCAGAAAGAAAAAGGAGUGAGGUGGUGUGAAAUAGUGUUGUGGAUGACAUUGAGCUAUCAUUUCUUUUAUUCUACUGGUCACCAGCCCAUUUUUUCAGACAUUCAUUUCAAUGCAGCAUUUGUUGGUUUUCGAGGAAUUGCUGUGGGAUUUUUGUCUUUGUCAUUAUCAGCUUUACUGGUGAUGCUGAAUACGUUUACAUCACAAACUCUUUGUGUUUUUGGACUGCCACUACUGUUGUUUGUCAAAUCAGGAAAAUUAUUGUCGGAAAAGUUUGCUGAUAAGGAGAAGGGCAAAUCUUGUCAAAAAUCAUUGAGUGGUCCUCCUAGAAUCACUGUCAACAGUGAGCAUCUUCAAAUAGCAUUUUUUCGUCUCAUUUUGCAGUACAUGCUAUGCCAUACUUUCAAGCUGAUAGGAGCUGCUAUAAUGGCUACAUUUUUGCGACGACAUCUAAUGGUGUGGGCAGUUUUUGCACCGCGCUACCUUUUUGAGGUGCUGAACUUUGUAUAUGGAGAGAUAUUAUGCAUUUUUGUCUUUAUGUUUGUUGUCUUGCUAGACAGUAGGAUUAGGUCAUGGCUAUAUGAUAUUUCACAAACUUGUUCUUUUUUUUAUUACUGAGAAUUAGUGCUUGAUUUAUCUGCUACUGAGUGGUUGUAGUAGACUUGUUCUGCUAUCAAAUGAUUGAGAGUCCGUUCACAAUG